AUCGCCCACCUUCCUUCUUUCACAUGUGCUCUUCAUUUCUACUCCUUGCAACAAUCUUCCUCCUCGUUAUCCCAAUUGCCUCUCUCUCUCUCUCUCUCUCUCUCUCUCUCUCCUUUUCUUCUGGGCAGGGAAGGAAGGGACCCUUCUAAAAAGGUUCCUGAGACCAACAUCUCUCUCUCUCUCACUCUCUCUCUCUCUUUCUCUUUAUCUUCCUCUCACAACCACCGCAUAAAGAAGACCCCUGCCGUGGCCCUCUAUCUCCAUCACCAUAUAUUUCAAUAGCAACUGGUCGAUCUCCAAAUCUCCCUUCAUCCAAGAUGAUGCAGGGAGACCCCCACCAAGACCUGGGUAUGCAUAUCUCCACAGCAGCAGCAGUAGGUGAGUGCUCCUCCUCCGUACCGCCUUCAGCCGCCGCAGAGGAGGAGCACCGCCGUCUUCUCAAAGCUGAGAUUUCAGUACACCCGUUCUUAGAACAGCUUCUCUCAGCCCACGUCGGCUGCCUUCGCGUCGCCACCCCCAUCGACCAUCUACCCCUCAUCGACGCCCAACUCUCCCAAUCCCACCACCUUCUCCGCUCCUACGCCUCCCUCCACCGCCCCCUUCUUUCCCCGCAGGAAAAACUCGACCUCGACAAUUUCCUCAUGCAGUAUUCGCUAUUAUUGUGCUCGUUCAAGGAGCAGCUACAGCAGCACGUCAGAGUACACGCAGUGGAGGCUGUCAUGGCUUGCCGCGAGAUCGAGCAAUCCCUUCAUGAGCUCACUGGAAUAACCCUGGAUGAAGGAACCGGAGCAACCAUGUCAGAUGACGAAGAUGAUCUCCAACUUGAUUGCUCUCUUGAUCCUGCCAUGGACGGACAUGAUCUGAUGGGCUUCGGCCCACUUCUACCUAGCGAAACAGAGCGAUCUUUAAUGGAGAGAGUGAGGCAAGAGCUCAAGCUUGAGCUGAAGCAGGGUUUUAGGUCGAGAAUUGAAGAUGUAAGAGAGGAGAUUCUGAGGAAGAGAAGGGCAGGAAAACUUCCAGGUGACACCACUUCUGUGCUCAAGCAAUGGUGGCAGCAGCAUUCCAAAUGGCCGUACCCAACAGAAGAUGACAAAGCAAAACUUGUUGAAGAGACUGGCCUGCAACUCAAACAGAUCAACAAUUGGUUUAUCAAUCAAAGGAAGCGAAAUUGGCACAAUAACGCCCAGUCUGCAACAAGCUGCUUGAAGUCUAAACGCAAAAGGUAACUGAGAAGGAAGCCAUGGAAAUGAUCAUCAUAUCAUGUUAUUUACUUAGUAGUUGUGGAUGGGAUUCAAACAUGACAGAUUUUUGGUAGCAAUGAAAAGGAUAAGUUUUUGCCCAAAAGAAGAAGGUGACAAGGUGGAGUACUAAGUAUCAGUUUGAACAAUCUUGUAUAAAAUAAAGUCCAUAGAGAAAACUGGAAGCUGACAAUGCUGGAUAUGUAAAGUAUAAUCGCUCAACCCCACCCACAAAUAUAUACACAGACUUUUUUUUUUUUUGCUUUUCUAACAAUGAAGAUUUGCCAAAGUGCUGUAGUAAAUACUAUAGUGAAGACAAUUAGUUGUUGAUAACUCAAUUUCUGGAGAUGUAAUCUUGUGGACAUGUAUAAUGGUUGAUCUCUUGAUUGUCUAAUUUUGUUCAUCUGCAGUGUAAA